UAUGAGCACCGUGAUCGGUGUGGGGCUACUGAUAUGGUGGUUGUGGAGUGCACUCAAGUGGGUGUGGCUGAAACCAAAGAGCAUAGAGAGGCGUCUAAGGCAGCAGGGCAUUAAGGGAAAUUCAUACCGACCUUUGGUUGGAGACAUUAGAGAUAUGAUUAAAAUGAUUAAACAAGUUAAAUCCAAACCCAUGGAUCCUCAUUCCAACGAGAUUGCUCCUCGAGUUUUGCCCUAUGUUGUCCACACCAUUGCUAAAUACGGGAAGAGUUCAUUUAUGUGGCUUGGUCCAACACCAAGGCUAUUCAUCUUGGAUCCAGACAAAAUAAAGGAAAUGACCAACAAAGUGUAUGAAUUUCAAAAGCCUGAUACAAGUCCACUUUUCAAGCUUCUUGCAUCAGGUUUUGCAAAUUAUGAUGGUGAUAAGUGGGCUAAACACAGGAAGAUCGUAAGUCCAGCAUUCAAUGUUGAGAAAUUGAAGGUCUUGGUACCAAUAUUUGUUGAGUGUUGCGAUGACAUGGUAAGCAAAUGGGAGAAUGUAUUAGCUUCUUCUGAUGGACCAUGUGAGAUGGAUGUAUGGCCUUCCAUAACAAACGUGUCGAGCGAUGUCCUCGCUCGCGCCGGCUUUGGAAGUAGCUUCGAAGAAGGAAAGAGAGUCUUCCAACUUCAAAGAGAGAUGCUUCAACUCACAAUGACACUCUUUAAAUUCGCUUUCCUUCCAGGGUACAGAUUUCUACCAACUCGUACCAACCGAAGGAUGAAAGCUAUUGACAAGGAAAUACGAGGAUCGCUAAUGAAUAUCAUCAACCGAAGAUUGAAAUUAAUAAAAGCAGGGGAGGCCACAAACAAUGACUUGUUGGGGAUACUUUUGGAAUCAAAUUACAAGGAAUCUGAGAAAAAUAACGGCCCAGGAAUGAGUUUAAGAGAGGUAGUGGAAGAGGUCAAACUGUUUUACUUAGCUGGACAGGAAGCCAAUGCAGAAUUGCUAGUGUGGACCAUGUUACUGCUAAGCAAGCAUCCUGAUUGGCAAGAAAAGGCAAGGGAGGAAGUUUUUAAAGUGUUUGGAAACGAAAAACCAGACUACGACAAGAUAGGUCAACUAAAGAUUGUGUCAAUGAUUCUACAGGAGAGCCUUAGGCUAUAUCCACCGGUGGUCAUGUUCGCGCGAUUUCUACGCAAAGAUGCAAAACUUGGAGACCUCAUAAUUCCUGCAGGGGUGGAACUUGUAGUGCCUAUAUCAAUGCUACACCAGGAAAAGGAAUUUUGGGGAGAUGAUGCCAAGGAGUUCAAGCCAGAGAGGUUUGCUGAAGGAGUAUCAAAGGCAACAAAUGGGAAAGUUUCAUACAUGCCAUUUGGAUGGGGUCCUCGACUCUGCAUAGGGCAAAACUUUGGAUUGUUAGAGGCAAAGAUAGCUGUGUCCAUGAUCUUGCAACGUUUCUCCUUUACGUUGUCUCCAUCUUAUACUCAUUCUCCAUCCUUUAUUAUUACACUUCAGCCUGAGCACGGGGCACAUUUAAUAUUACAAAAGUUGUAAAGUGCUAAACUUUGCUUCUUAGAAAAUAAAUUAGGCUUCUAUAUACAUGAGUCAUAAUGUUGUUGUUAUUAUAUAUUUGUAAUGAUACAAUGGUUGCUCUCUACGUAGCGGUAGAGGAAGAUGGCUCCUAUUGCUUCCAACGCUAAAACCAAGUCUAAUAAUAGCCUAUUUUAAGCUUGUUAUCACCGCCAA